AUGGAGAGCAGCAUGAAGCAAGUGGUGCUUGAAGAGGAGGACUCGGGGAACGGCUGCUGCUGCCCAGGCUGCUGCUUGCCCUGCGCCACGUGCUGCGCCAAAUGCUGCACCAAAUGCAGCUGGUGCUGCGCCAAAUGCUGCACCAAAUGCAGCUUGUGCUGCGCCAAAUGCUGCUGCCUGCCCAAGUGCUGCCAGUGCCCCAAGUGUCCCAAGUGUCCCAAGUGUCCCGGCUGCGCCAGCUGCUCCGGCUGCCUCAAGAAGUCGCUGUGUUUCGUCCCUCGGCUGCUGUGCUACCUGCCCCGCAAGCUGCUGAGCUGCGGCCGCCUGCGCUGCCUGCUCAUCGUGGUGGUGCUGCUGGUCCUGCUCGUGGUCAUCAUCGCCGGCGCGCUGCUGAUGGGGCUGAGCGUGGAGCAGCGCCACGCCGACACCGUGCUGCGGGGCCGUUUGUGGGAAGAGGACGCGGCCACUUUCUACCUGGACAGCGGGGACGGCAACGCGGCCACGGUCAUCUAUGACUACAGGAAUCUGCUGGUGAGCUACAGAGCCCGGCUGCACCGCGCCUGCUACGUGACCCGAGUGGACAAGGACAACAUCCCGGGGCUGGACAGCGUGGUCGAGACCUUCCAGCGCCGGCAGGCUGAAGACAAGAUCUCGGUGCCCCUGGCUGACCGCUCCCUGCUGGGCACCACGGCGGGCAUCCUGUGCCGCCUCCUCCCGGUGUACUGGGCUUAG